UUCUCCCCAAAGGUUCUAUCCACCAAAGCGUGUGUUUGUGGGAAGGGACUGCUACGGUUGAUAUAAACAUGUGUUUCUUUGGCCACAUCCUGUCCUUCCAAACUGGUCGCAGGAACGAGUGAAGUCGAAGCGUCGCGUCCAGGGACCCUCGAUGCUGUGGAAUCAUCCCAGCUUGGGUCGACCACACUGGACUCGAUCUUCAUGAGGUGUGCCUGGGAUCUGGAUGGACGACCCCAACGGGUGAUUUUGACGACCACAAUGGGUUAUAGACUUCAUAGGAUAAUUCCUUCCACCGAAUCCAAUCCCAGACCCCACUCCUCGAAAGUUGUUUUUGAUGUUUUGUAUGUCCACUGGACAUGGCCAUAAUCCUAUACACACCGCAGAACUCAUGUUGGUUGUUUCUGCGGCAGAGGAGUUGUAGGAUCCCAUCUUCGGAUUUCGGCAUGGAUGGAAGCGCCACAGAGCUGUUCUAUGCCUUACACUAUCGGGGUUUUGGGAAGGUGAAGGAAGUUGCACCACAGCAGCUCUACGCCAUGAAGAUUAUGAAGCCCCCGUCACGUUCAAUGAUGAAAGCAGAGGGAAAGGCUCACCCAGGGCACAAAAAAUUGAUGUUGAACUUGAAGACUGAGACAAGAAAAGUGGAUGAAUGCAUAGACACCCUCAACGUUUAAACUUUGUUUAAUUGGCAGAAACGGCUAGUAGUUCUCCUCACUAAUCCAAGGGCACCACAAGUCAGUUGUUUCUUCUUCUUCUUCACUGGUUUGGUCAGUCGUUUCGUUUUCUUCUUCUUGUUAUCAACGGACUGGUCAGCUGUUUUUUGUUCUUGUAAACGGCCCGUGUUUGUCUUGCUUAUCAAAGCGACCCCUCUUGCUUGGCUCGGCUGGAGGUGGAGGUGGUCGAAGGACAUGGAUUUGCUUCCCAACAUCUGCAUUUUGAUGCUCCCAACACACAUAGAACAGCCCAAACAAACUGGAGCGCUUCGCAAUUUAGAUGCAAGAGAAUGUGGCAACUAGCUCCCUGUUGAGGGCUGGAACUGCCCAGUGACUAGUUGCUAGCUGCCAAUACAAGAUGAACCCCAGUUGACCUCCAUUCAGGUUGAACAGCAGAGCAGACACUUGACAUAGAGAUCAUAGAGCCAGUUUUGGAGGAGAAUUAUUUGCAAGGUCGUGAUACGUGCCAGUUGUGCUUGGGAUGACCCAUUCCUUGCUACACGCAUCGCUUCUCGAAGAGAAUUUAUCCUCCACAAGACCACAUAGAUCACACAGGACAUAAAUAUAGAUGAG